AUGAAGCCGAUAACUGUUGGUCUGUUGAUUGCGGUGCUGUCUCUGGUCCUCGCGUCGGUCGACUGCCGCAAAUCCAAGUCCAGAUUCACCAAUGUAAAGUGCACCAGCUAUGAUGAGAGCUUCUCCAAGUUUCGCAAGUGCAAGCUGAAUGUUCUCGGCAGAGGCAUUAUCGCAGCUGAUGUAUUCAUAUCGUUGUUCAAAUUGCCGAUCAAUAAUGUUCACAUCAACUGGAGCAUAUGGCGCCGCUAUAACACAUACCAACCCUUCCUGCAUAAUAUCAGCUGCAAUUUGUGCAACCUUUUUACAAACAUGAAAAAGAUUGCCUUCGAGUCCCUAGUGCUGAAAGCUAUACAAUCGAGCUCAAACCUGAACCACACCUGUCCCUACAAUCACGAUAUCAUUGUGGACAAUUUGGUGUUCACUGACGAAAUGUUGCAGUCGCUGCCACUGCCUCAAGGUGACUAUAAGAUACAAUUGCGAUUCAUGAAUGACAAGAAGUGGAGAUUGAUGGUCGAAGUGUUCAUUCUACGAGAUGAAUAGCGAAUUGCAACCCAUAAAUAUGG